AUGGCUACCGUUACUGUUGCCGCUAAGGCUCCAUUCAUCGCAUACUCAGCUAUUAUUGCUGCUGAAUUCGUCAACUCCACCACCGAUAAGGCCAUCACCGUGGAGUUUGUUGAUGACAAGUCCGUCGAAGCAGGAAAGGACGCUACUGUAAAGUAUGCCGCUCACGACAAGGCCGUCUACGGUGACAUCGAAGUUCUCAACGAAUUGACUUCGUUGUCUCCAUCCAUCAAUGCUGUUUCCGAUUUUACCUGGGUCAACUUUGCUUUCGAGAAAUUGGCCAACAAGAACUUCAAGGCCUUGGCCACCGACUUGGAGAAGUUGGACGCUCACUUGAACUUCAGAUCUUUCAUCGUCGGUCACAGUAUUUCUGUUGCGGAUGUUGCCGUUUGGGGUGUGUUGAGAGCCAAUGCCGUCAUGGGCUCUGUUCUCAAAAACGAGGUUUACACCAACAUCUCUAGAUGGUACAACUUCAUUGGGUCCGACUCCAGAUUUGACUCUGUCGCAGAAAAAACCACGAAAUCCAUCAAUGACUUGAGAAAGUCUGUGAAGGCUGCUUCAGGCGCCAAAAAGGAAACACACAAGGCUAAUUUCGAGAUCGACUUGCCUAACGCUAAGGUGGGUGAGGUUGUGAUCCGUUUUCCACCAGAGCCCUCAGGAUACUUGCACAUUGGACACGCUAAGGCUGCCAUCUUAAACGAAUAUUUUGCUCACGCUUACAAGGGUAAGUUAAUCAUCAGAUUCGACGACACCAACCCAACGAAGGAGAGGGUCGAGUUUCAAGAUUCUAUCAUUGAGGAUUUGGCCUUGCUCGGUAUCAAAGGUGACAAGAUCACAUAUUCUUCAGACUACUUUGACAAGAUGUACGAGCUUGCUGUUCAAUUGAUCAAAGAGGGUAAAGCUUACUGUGAUGACACUCCUCAGGAGAAGAUGAGAGAGGAGAGAAUGGUUGGUGACGCUUCUGCUAGAAGAGACAGAUCUGUCGAGGAGAACUUGAAAAUCUUCACUGAGGAGAUGAAGAACGGCACUGAGGAGGGCUUGAAGAACUGUUUGAGAGCCAAGAUCGACUACAAGGCUUUGAACAAGGCAUUGAGAGACCCCGUCAUCUACAGAUGCAACUUGACCCCACACCAUAGAACUGGCACUCAGUGGAAGGUCUACCCAACUUACGAUUUCUGUGUUCCUAUCGUUGACUCUAUCGAAGGCGUUACUCAUGCCUUGAGAACCAACGAGUACAGAGAUAGAAACCCUCAAUAUGAAUGGUUCUUGAAAGCUUUGAACUUGCGUCACGUCGACAUCUGGGACUUCGGCAGAGUCAACUUCAUCAGAACUCUUUUGUCCAAGAGAAAGUUGCAGUGGUUUGUUGACAAGGGAUUUGUUGGCAACUGGGACGACCCAAGAUUUCCAACUAUCAGAGGUGUGAGAAGAAGAGGUAUGACGGUCGAGGGUUUGAGAAACUUCAUCCUUUCUCAGGGUCCGUCGAAGAACAUCAUUAACAUGGAGUGGUCCACCAUCUGGGCUAUGAACAAAAAGAUCAUCGAUCCUGUCGUGCCAAGGCACACCGCCGUUGAUGUCAAACGCGCUGUCAAGGUGAAGCUCUCCAAUGGUCCAGCUGAGCCAUACACUGAGGAGAAGCCUAAACACAAGAAGAACCCAGAUGUCGGAUUGAAGAAGGUCAUUUUUGCUAAGGACUUGUUGAUCGACCAGGCUGAUGCUGCCACGUUCAAGGAGGGUGAAGAAGUUACCUUCAUGGACUGGGGUAACGUGAUCAUCAAGAAAAUUCACAAAGAGGGUGAUGUCGUCACUUCCAUCGAUGCUGACUUGCACUUGGAGGGUGAUUUCCGUAAGACAGAGAAGAAGGUGACCUGGCUAGCUGACACCGACGACAAGGUCAAGGUUGAGAUCAACGACUUUGACCACUUGAUCACCAAGGAUAAGUUGGAGGAGAACGACAACUUCGAGGAUUUCCUCACCAAGGAAACCAAAUUCGUGUCUGAGGUGUACGCUGACGUGAAUGUCAGAAGUCUCAAGAAGGAUGAGAUCAUUCAGUUUGAGAGAAAGGGUUUCUUCAAGGUUGACGAAAGCCUUGAUCAAGGUAAGAUUAUUAUGUUCACCAUUCCUGAUGGAAAAAAGAAAUAA